GCUGUCCGGAAGGUCCGGCUGUGGUUUCUCAACAUAAACAGCUAUGGCGGAGGCAGCAGUAGCGUCUACGGCGACUCCAGCAGUAACAGGAGGUUGGACCAAAAACGUAACCUGCCGAUAUUUCAUGCAUGGUCUUUGCACAGAAGGAGAAAACUGUCGAUACUCCCAUGAUCUGACCAGCAGCAAACCUGCAGCGAUGAUGUGCAAGUUCUUUCAGAAGGGAAACUGUGUGUUCGGAGACCGAUGCAGGUUUGAACACUGUAAACCCACAAACAACGAGGAGCCUCCCACCUCGCAGACGCUGCCGCUGCCCUCCGCCUCACUUGCCGGCUCGUCAGAUCCAGAACACAGUGGGUCAACACCUGGUCGGGGGGCCAGAGACUGGGUCAACGCUGCGGAGUUUGUCCCAGGACAGCCCUACUGCGGACGAGCUGAGCCGGUGAAGGCUGAAAGCUCCGCCCCUCUCAUCGAGGAGUUAGACGGCGACUCAGCGCAGGAGAACAAAGAGCUGAAAAAGCAGCUCUGCCCGUACGCCGCCGUCGGAGAGUGUCGCUACGGCGUCAACUGCGCCUAUCUCCACGGCGACGUGUGCGACAUGUGUGGCCUGCAGGUGCUCCACCCCACCGAGAACGCCCAGCGCUCCGAGCACACAAAGGCGUGCAUCGAGGCCCAUGAGAAGGACAUGGAGAUCUCGUUCGCCAUCCAGCGCAGCAAGGACAUGAUGUGCGGCGUGUGCAUGGAGGUGGUCUUUGAGAAGGCCAACCUGAGCGAGCGACGCUUCGGCAUCCUCUCCAACUGCAGCCACUGCUACUGCCUGAAGUGCAUCCGCAAGUGGAGGAGCGCCAAACAGUUCGAAAGCAAAAUCAUCAAGUCCUGCCCUGAGUGUCGAAUCACGUCCAACUUUGUGAUCCCGAGCGAGUACUGGGUGGAAGAUAAAGACGACAAGCAGAAACUCAUCCAGAAGUACAAGGACGGCAUGGGGACUAAAUCGUGUCGAUACUUUGACGAAGGCCGCGGGACGUGCCCCUUCGGCUCAAACUGCUUCUACAAACACGCCUUUCCUGACGGCCGGCUGGAGGAGGCUCAACCUCAGAGACGACAGACGGGAUCCAACAGCAGAACCAGGAGCUCGAGGCGAACUCCUCUGUGGGACAUCCUGGACGAGCGGGAAAGCACCGACUCGUUCGACAACGAGGACGAGGAGAUGGUGACGUUCGAGCUGAGCGAGAUGCUGCUCAUGCUGCUCGCCGCGGGGACAGACGACGAGAUGACGGACUCAGAGGACGAGUGGGACUUGUUUCACGAGGAGCUGGACGAUUUCUAUGAGAUUUACCUAUAGCAGCCCUGCCCCCUUAAGCCCCUCCCCCUCCUCCUCACCUGUAUACUAGACUACACUACAUUAGAAUGGACUGUCUUGUGCGAGUGAUGGACAGUAGCUUCUCCCUCCCCCUGUUUUGUGGCGUGGCCUUUAAGCAGGCUGUUAAUAAUGAACUUAUAAAAUAUAAAAAAUUAAAAAAAAGAACCCGUCAGUGCGCUCGUGCUAAACAUUUUCUAUUCUCGUGAGUCUAUCCGUGCGGUACGUGUUGACAUAUAAGAUUUAAGUCAGAUUAUAAACUUUGUUCAGAUAUUGCUAAUAAACAUCGUGGAGUUGAUCUGUGGGUCUGACCGUCCGUGUGAGACUCUCCUUCCUGUCAGUAUGACGGCAUGAUGUAAGAUUUUAACCACAAAGUUUGUUUAUUAAAGCUGCUCAGAGACGA